AUGCCGCAUGAAGAUAAAGAACAGGAAGAGGAGCAAAAAGCUCGGACUGCUUAUGAUUUGAUACGAAUGCGAUUGGAAAGGUUGCAGAAAAAUAUUGAAAAACCUGUGUCCAUACCACAACGGCGAGAUGGUCGAAAGCCACGGCCGCCGCCUGAUUUUGUUCGUAAUGUUGUUGGUUCAUCAGCCGCAGCCGGGAGUGCGGAAUUUCAUAUUUUCCGAAAUAAUCGAAAACGGGAAAUGGAUCGGUUAGACUAUAUGCAUAAUAAAGCUUCACAAGAAGAACUGGAUGAGAAAUUUUUGGCUGAAAGAAGAAGACGAGCGGAGGAAGAGGAAAGAAAAACAGCUAAGAAACGAUUAAAGAGACAGCGUUAUAAAAAGAAGAUGAAGAGCCUGAAGAAAAAAAAUGAAAAAAAAGAUGCAGAUGAUGAAACCGAUGAUUCGGAAUCGAGCUCAACUGUGGAAAAUAUCGGUGAGAGAUCACAACAUGUCACAAAUGAGGAGAAUAACGAAGUAGUGCAAAUUGACGAGAGUUCCAGGACAGAGGAAGCUACAUCAGAAAAGCAAAAUGUAAGAAAAACAAAUGAGGAAAUUAGUGAUCCAAGCUCACCAAUAAACAUUACCUCAGAAAAUCUUGUAAAGCGAAGAAAAAAUGAUCCCUAA